AUGAAGGACCGAAAUGGCUGGGACGGAAAACUGAGACUCGACGACCCGGAGAAUCGCCGAGCUGUUCUUGCCAAUCCGGAAGCUUUGGAGGAUCCAGAUUACUCAGAUGAGGAUGCUCCGCCUGUUGAGGAGAUUAAUGCGGAUGAAGAUUUACUCGAGGACGAGGAUCCUGACGCCGAAGAUAUAGACCUGGUACAUUUACGAAUAUCAAAUAUCACCGCGUUGAAGCUAGAACGAUUCACCAAGCUCGAGAGACUAUGCCUCCGCCAAAAUCAAAUCAGCCGCAUCGAACUCCCCUCCACCCUCGGCGCAACCCUCAAAGAGCUCGACCUCUACGACAACCUCAUCAGUCACGUCAAGGGUCUCGACGACCUGGUCAAUCUGACGCUGCUCGAUUUGAGUUUCAACAAGAUCAAACAUAUCAAGAAUGUGUCGCAUUUGACAAAGUUGACCGACAUUUUUUUUGUGCAAAACAGGAUUUCGACGAUAGAGGGGCUUGAGGAGUUGGUGCAUUUGAGGAAUUUGGAGUUAGGGGCGAAUCGGAUUAGGGAGAUUCAAGGAUUGGAUAAUCUCAAGGCGCUGGAACAAUUGUGGCUGGGAAAGAAUAAAAUCACAGAGAUGAAGAAUCUAUCAUCCCUCUCCAACCUUAAAAUUCUCUCCAUCCAAUCGAACCGUCUCACCAGCAUCACCGGCCUCAACGAGCUCCCCAACCUCGAAGAACUCUACAUCUCCCACAACGCACUCACCGACCUCUCCGGUUUAGAGAACAACAAAAACCUCCGUGUCCUCGACUUCUCAAACAAUAAAGUCACAAAACUCGAAGGAAUCUCACAACUGACUGAACUAGAAGAAGUCUGGGCGUCAAGCAACGGAUUGUCGAGCUUUGAGGAAGUUGAGCGCGAAUUGAGUGAUAAGAAGAAGCUGGAAACGGUGUACUUUGAGGGGAACCCGUUGCAAUUGAAGAGCCCGGCGUUGUAUAGGAAUAAGAUCCGGCUUGCGUUGCCGCAGAUUAAGCAGAUUGAUGCUACCUACGUGCGCAUUUCUUAA